GACUUCCCUGGCAGUGGUUGUAUGUACAUGGCUAUGUGAGAGCAUUUCGAGAGGCAGAGUUCACUCUCGGCCGUACAUGGGCAUUUGGGAGCAUGUAGCAAUUUAGACAGUAGUUAUCACAUGGUAUCAACUAUGUGAAAUUCGAGGUAGUUAGAACGUUUACCAAUAAGUGGGGAAGAGCCCUGAGGCCAUAGGCUUACUAUCUGAUUGACUUCGCCAAUAGUAUUUAGUUUCACAACUAGUAGAAUUUAAUCCAAUGAAAAGUGUGGGGAGGCAGAAACACAUUGUGGUGGAAAGAGAGGGGAUUCGUUUCUAACAAAUUAGAUAGGCUUUUUACAACUGUGCUGCCAAAUUGGUUAGAUCCGAUUGGGGUUGAUGCUUAAAGAAAAUUAAGGUUUAUUGACAUGUUCUAGGAAUUACGUGUUACAUCUAGAAGGUAAUCUCGUAACCUUGAUUUGUUUUUCAAGACCAGGCAGUCAGUUCGUCAUCAACUUUCAGACUAUUUAUUUAGAACAAAUUAAUGUUCCUAAGAAACUACCCUUAAACAUAUCACCACAAAGUCCUUUUAUAGAGACACUAGCAAUCAGUUUUGAAUGCGGUAAACAAACAAAUAUUUGAUUGAAAACUUAUAUGGUCUUCACCAAUAAGUAACCAUCAAUUUACAUACACUAAAUUAAUUGUGCUGACUUUUAGGUGACGAAGAAGCUCUAACUUAAUAUUUAGACACAAACUUGGUUGCGCUUAGAUAAACGGAAAAUCGCAUGUCUAGAUGAUAUAGGUAUAGAAAGCAACAAAAUAGAUUCAAUCAAUUAACUGGAAAUGUGGGGAUUAGCAUUAGUGGUUCUAAUUUCAUUGUUUAAACUAGGCUUAUGAUUUUGGAACUAAGUCCACAAUCUAACUGACAAUCCACAAAAUCACGAGUUUAUUUAUUCAUUGUUAGCACCAGGUUUCGUGAACAGAACACUGAUAUGUGGCUCUAAUAAUAUUCCUUUAUCUAGAAGUUCCGCAUGACUUUCAGCUAAGGGGUCUUGUGGUAGUAUUUUACCUUGAAAGCUUCGCUAAAAGUACGUAAAUCUUCCUAAAUCUUCUGAUUCGAAAGCUUGAUCGUGUUAGAGUUUGUAACAAAAUGUUGGCUGAGUCAGUAACUUAAGGUAUCUGUCCCAUAUUCUCACUUAACUCCAUUAUAUAUACACACCUUCCCCAUCUACCUUUUGAGACCUAUCUCCCACUUUCGCAGGUUACAGUCCUGCUUGAUGAAGAUGGUGACAGAAUGUAGCCUUUGGAAUCUUUUGAGUAACAAUGCAAGGAUGUUUAGGGUAUGUUUCCUUAUCGAUGUAAUACUUAAAUUCAGAGCUGAUCUUCAUCAACAUCUAGACUGAUUAUAGGUAGCAAAACUAUUGUGCACGCUAACUACACUUUUCCUGUUGAGUAUCAACCUCGCCUUAUCCAAUGGAAGCUGACAAAGAGCCGUCGAUCAACAUAGACAAUUCAGAAAUAGUUGUCCUUAGUUCAGAUGAUGAAAAUGAUUCACAGAAUUCGCAUGACAAUAUUUCAAAUGAAAAACUUUCAAGCAGUGUUAUAUCUGUCGAAGAUGAUGAUGAUAAUAAUACUAAUAAUGACGAGUCUGCCGAAAGCGACUGUGAAAUCUUAAAUGUUGAAGAGUUGCAAGGUGAAGAGAAGUGGCGUGAUAUUCAUGGUCCUUUCAAGCGGCUGAAUAGGCUCAUACAAGCUGGUUUUAAUGAUCCACGGCUAUUGUUGGUUCGUGUUUUUGGGAUGGAUGAAAACUCUUUACCAUCUGAUCCUAACCAAUUAUUAAGUUUAUUAUUGACACUUUUGGCCGAACCUGCUCCACGACGUAGACUGCGCCGUAUAAAUAGUUUAGAAAAAGUUCUGUCACUUCUGUCUACUUGUACGUCAAUCCUCGUAAUCACUGGUGCUGGGAUUUCAGUGUCAUGUGGAAUUCCUGAUUUUCGUUCUCGUGAUGGUAUUUAUGCUCGCUUAUCUCGGGAUUAUCCAGAUCUAUCAAGUCCACAGGCAAUGUUUGACAUGUCAUAUUUCAAACGAAAUCCUAUUCCUUUCUUUAAAUUCGCCAAGGAGCUCUUCCCUGGCCAGUUCUCACCCUCGAUUACUCACCGGAUGAUUGCUUUAUUGGAGUCCAAAGACAAAUUAUUGCGUAACUACACACAGAAUAUUGAUACUUUGGAACAGGCUGCUGGAAUUACUCGACUUAUUCAGUGUCAUGGUUCAUUUGCAUCAGCCACUUGUACAAACUGUAAACUAAAAGUUUCAUCGGAUUUUAUUAAAGAGGCUAUUUUUAAUCAAUCUAUACCACGAUGUACAAAUUGUUGGCCGUCAAAAAUCGAUUCGUCAUCAUUAUUACCAGAUGAAAUGAAUGAUUCGGAGUCUACAAAUCAUUCAUCUGAUUUAUCUACUGUAGAAGAAAAUCCCAAUAAUAAUAAUAAUAAUAAUAUGUCAGUUGAUACAUCUCCAAAAGUUAAAUCGAAACGAACUAAUAAAUCUCGACGUAGACUAGCUUCAUAUGGUGUAUUAAAACCGGAUAUCGUGUUUUUUGGUGAAGGUUUAUCAAAUGAAUUUCAUGACUCUCUUUCUAAUGAUAUAAAACAGACGGAUCUAGUUUUAGUUAUUGGAUCAUCGUUAAAAGUUCGACCUGUCUCUCAUAUUCCUAAUGCUGUUCCUAGGCAAGUUCCACAAAUACUUAUUAAUAGAGAACCGCUAUCUAAUCAUGAUUUUGAUGUUGAAUUACUUGGAGAUUGUGAUAUCAUUGUCAGCGAAUUAUGCCAUCGAUUGGGUUGGGAAGUUUCCGGAUUAUCAGACUAUACACCUCUUACUGAAAUUCCCUUAAAUUCGCUAAAAAAUACAACUGAACCACUAAAGUCUGAUGAAAAAUCUCCAAAUAUAUCUCCUCUCAUUGCUCAGGACACAGUGUCUUCGGACUUAGUGAACAAUCAAUCCCAAAUAAAUAAUUCAGAAGUUGAUGGAAAGACUUGUACCUCUACUGUUGUUUCUACGUCUGAUAAUUCUUCAGAGAUGAUUAAUAAGAAUUCUCCGAAUGAUGCAGUAAUUGAAGUUAGUGAAGAUGAGGAAGAUGGAGAGUGUGUUUGGGAGGUAGCGUCAAGUUUACCACCUGGAACAUUUACUCGUAUUUAUCCAAAUCAGUAUGUUUUCCCUGGUGCUGAAAUAUAUUUAGACAGUAAACCCGGUGAAGUAACGAUCUCAUGUAAUGCCUCAGAUAUCUCUAUUACGUCGAAUGCAUCAUCAGCAUCGUCUACUUCCGGUCAUAAUGAUGACUUAGAUCAGAUAAGAGAUUCACUUAAAGAUGAAUCUGUUUCCAUUGAUAUAACUGAAAAAGAAGAGUCCAGUAUUCAUUCAUCUGAUUCGCGUAAAUCUUUAAAACGGCAUAAUUCCAAUGAGAAUCUGUCUUUGAAUAAACAAUCAUCGUUAAAACAACCUCGAUCUAUGUAA